GUGGAGAGCGGGAGGAGGGGCGGGAGAGAGGGGGGAGCAGAGCGAACGGCGGCGGGUCCGGGAGGCUGAGGGACGGACGACACGAGGAGAGGGUGAGGACUGAGCGAUAAAGACAUCGUCCAGCCGACCGACAGCUUGAAUGAAGCUACGCCCGGUGUUUCUGGGGGCUCUUCCCAUGUUUCCAGCUGCAUAGGGUCUUUUUAUUUUUAGAACGGUGGUUUUUCACAGAGACACUUCCUGCCAUGCCGUCCAACAGUCCUGCUUCCACCGAGCCGCCUCAGAUGCUGGAGAAUGACACAGCUAAUGAUCUGAGUGAGGACGGAGCAGAUCAGGACAGUCCAGAGGAGGGGACGCCAGCCAGUCCCAGAACCAAGCGAAGAGUUGGUCGCCCCAGCAGGAAAAGCAAACAGCAGCUUCCUGCAGAACGACGGGCGUACAGGGAGGCGGAGAUAAACAUGAUGGACGACCUAUCAGAGGCUGACUUUCAGAAAGAGGAGGAGCCAGCCAGCCCGGCCCCGCCCCCCUUACAGCAACACACAGACCCCGCCUCUCCAACGGUUGCUGUGACGCCAGAGCCGGUCGCCAGAGGAGACCAGGCCAUGUCCAGUGAGAUGGAGUACCAG